UUACUUUUCUUCUCCCACAAGGUUUAGGUAGAAAGACUGGACAAAACUGGGUACUUAGCUAUUAAAGACUAUAAAAGCCUCCAGCAGAGACAAUUUGCUGUACUGUUACUUAUCACUAUUAAAUAGAUGACUCUUGUGUGGACCCUUACAAAAUGCACCCAAUAAAGCGUGAAUACGCCAACUUUAUCCUGUUAUGGUCGUCUACGUACCCACAUCCCUUAUAACUAGACCAUGCAGAAAUAGGUGUCCUUACUUCUGUACGACAGGUAUGUUUGCUCUGUAAUAAAUAGUAGAACAUGUAGUGUUUUAUAAAUGAAUGACAUCCAUAUUUCCCUAACACUUUCAAUACAUUUUAUGACCUGUCAGUACAGUUCCUGUGAGUCUUCAUGUGUUGCAAAGGUCAUAUAGCACUUAUGGAUAGCCGCCAUGGAACCUUCUUAGGGGUUUGGAAUGUACCUAGUCAGCCCUUUGUCCCCUUCCAUUACCCGAGGUGAACAAUUAAUAUGAAUGAAGCUGCGUUAACUAUUUUCUGCUGUAUUCGUGGGAAUGAACACAUCCAAGAGGCCAAAGUGCAGAUCUCUAUAAACCUCCAAGACGUCUUCUGCCUAAACAACUCUGCCUGGAGGGAGCGAGCAGGACCAUGCUGUCUCCAGGCCAGAUCCCCAGGCACCUUAUAGCGGCAUUAUUUAUACUUUCUGGACUAAUAUGUCAACUGGGAGAACCUGUGAAAACCAGACAGAAAAGAGAUGCAAACACUGACCAGCCUCGAAUGUCUUCUGAAAAUGGAAAUUUAAUAUUUACGGUCAGCCAAAGUAAAAAUAUUGAAUUCAAAACCAGUUCCUAUGGGAAGAUUAAAAUGAAUGAUGAUGAUCUGACAGAACUCCUGUCCCAGAUACGUAAAAAUAAAGAAGAAAUUGCUGCAUUAAGCGCCAGUGUUAUUGGAAGCAACCAGACUGUUACAAACCAAAUCACUCAACUCAACACAAAGUUAAUUGAUAUUGAAAACCGAGUUCUACAGCUGCAAGAGAAAAUUGACCGGAAGUUGUGUAAUAGUUAUCCAUGCCAGAAUUCUGGAACGUGCCUGAAUCUCUUGGAUUCCUUCUUCUGUCUGUGCACCAAUAAUUGGAAGGGUUCCACGUGUGCUGAAGAUGUGAAUGAAUGUCAGGUCUAUGUUGGGACGGCGAUGGGUUGUCAGAAUGGCGCACUAUGUGACAACACACCUGGAAGUUACAGAUGCACCUGUACUGCGGAGUGGUAUGGUCCACAGUGCACCUCCAAGUAUGACGACUGUACGGCAGGAUCUGCACAACUCUGCUUACAUGGAACAUGUAUAGAUAUGGACAGAACAGAACAGAAUAAGCCCGAGUACAGCUGUGUGUGUGACCCAGGAUGGACAAAGGCAAAUGGAAGUUCUCCGUGUACAGAAGAUAUCGAUGAAUGUUCUCUUCCUAAUUCCCCCUGCUCCCAGAAUCCUCUAGUGCAGUGUUACAACACUCCAGGUUCCUUUACCUGCGGACCCUGCCCAACAGGAUGGCAAGGAAAUGGAUACAGUUGUCAAGAUGUUGAUGAGUGUCAGGAAAACAAUGGCGGAUGUAGUUUGGCUCCACUGGUAAAAUGUAUGAACACUAUGGGCUCCUAUCAUUGUGGCCCCUGUCCUCCAGGCUAUAAAGGGGACGGACGAACAUGUGAUCAGGUAGAUGCCUGCUCUGUCAAUAAUGGAGGCUGCCACCCGUUGGCUUCUUGUGCUCCAAGAGAAGAGGGUACUUUGCCAAUCUGUGUCUGUCCACCUGGAUAUACUGGAAAUGGGUAUGGAGAAUACGGAUGUCUGCCCCUCAGCGACAUUUGUCUGAAUAAUCCCUGUGUUAAUGGAGUGUGCAAGCCUGACCUCUCAAGCUAUAUAUGUGAGUGUCACUCAGGAUGGAACGGCACCAACUGCACAGAAAACAUCAAUGAGUGCGCCAGUGACCCAUGUCAGAAUGGAGGCGUCUGUCUGGAUGGAGUCAAUGCUUACACAUGUAACUGUACCAGCGAAUGGACUGGAUUAAACUGCGAAAUCCCAGCACAAGCAUGUGGGGGCAACCUCUCAGAGGCUCAUGGAUCCAUAUUGUCCCCUGGCUAUCCUGGUAACUAUCCUCCGAACCAAGACUGUUACUGGAGAAUCUCUGUUGACCCGGGUCUUUACAUCACCUUUGCUUUCGGCACACUAAGCCUGGAACAGAACGCCACCUGUGACAAAGAUUACCUGGAGAUUCGGGAUGGCCUUUCGGCCCAUGACGCUGUUAUUGGUAAAUACUGCACGACAAUCUCUCCAGCCCCUCUCCAGACAUCGGGUCCAUAUGCCUGGGUUCACUUUCAUUCUGACAGUGCGAUAUCAGACAAAGGAUUUCAUAUAACCUACAUAACAUCUUCAUCCGGAUCAUCUUGUGGAGGAAGCUUCUCUGACACGGAGGGCUUCCUUGUGUCUCCAGGGUGGCCUGAUGCCUACACAGGGAACAAGCAGUGUAUUUAUAUUGUCACACAGCCGCUAAAUGAAAGAAUCCACCUUAAAUUCACUGACAUGGACCUGGAGAGCAGCUCUGGAUGCUCCCUCACUGUUAUAGAGGUUAAAGAUGGAGGUACAGAGACGGCCCCCUUAAUCGGCAGAUACUGUAACACCACGAUUCCGGCUCCCAUCACUUCAAGUUCGAAUAAACUCUGGAUAAAAUUCAAGUCUCAGGCUUCGGCGACAAGAUCUAGGUUCCGAGCCUUUUACCAAGUCGUCUGUGGCGGUUCACUGUCUGGAGCAGGAGUCAUCCGUACCCCUAACUACCCCAACCCAUACCAUCGGGAGAGGUCCUGUACGUGGGUCAUCACUCAGCCAGAAGGAGAAGUGGUUAUGUUCAAGUUUGACUCUUUGAAUAUCUCGAGCAGCUCUGAAUGCGGUAACAAUUAUGUUGAGGUCAGAGAUGGUCCUUCUCCGGAGUCGACUCUUAUUGGGAAAUACUGUGGAUCAGAGGUGCCCCAUGUUACAUAUUCAUCUCAGAGGAGCCUGUAUGUCCAUUUCCUCACUGAUGCCUCCAGCACCAAUCACGGCUUCUCGGCUUCGUAUCAAUCUGUAAUAGAAGGUUGCGGUGCGACAAUGACCACCCCGGAGGGCACCAUUACGAGCCCAGGUUACCCCAACGUAUACCCACAUGGUGUUCAUUGCACGUGGGUUAUCUCCAUCCAGCCCGGAAAUCUAAUACGCUUAACCUUUUCCACGUUCAAUCUUGAGCAGUCCCAUACAUGUCAAUAUGACUAUCUGGAUAUAUAUGAUAAUGCGACAGAUACCACAGGAAGCAGGACUGCAAGAUACUGUGGAAGAUCCAUCCCUCCAACCAUAACCAGCAGUGGCAGCACAAUGGUUUUAUUGCUUGUUACCGAUUCCAUCAGCGGUGCGGAAGGAUUCUCGGCCAGCUACGUGUCCAUCAAUGCAUCCACUGCCUGUGAUGCAAUGUACACUGAAGCCACGGGGGUGUUCACGUCUCCAAAUUAUCCUAGUAACUAUCCCACGAACAGGGAGUGUGUGUACACGAUCAGCGCCGAAGUCAACAUGCAGAUCAGUCUGAACUUCACCAGCUUCACUCUGCAAUCUUCAUCCGAUUGUAGCCGCGAUUAUGUGGAAAUCAGAGAUGGAGGCUAUGAAACAUCUCCAUUACUCGGACGGUUUUGUGAUAAACGCCCCCCAGUAAUAAUUUCCCAUAGUAAUAAACUCUGGAUAAAAUUCAGAAGUGAUUCUUCUACUACAAAUACUGGAUUUGAAGCUCAGUGGGAAAGCGCGACUACAGGCUGUGGGGCAACCCUGACUGCACUCUCCGGUGUCUUUACAUCUCCGAACUACCCCAUGCCGUAUUAUCACAAUGCUGAAUGUUACUGGCUGCUGAAAACGUCUAGCGGGAAUCAACUAGAGAUCAAUUUCCAACACUUUGACUUCGAAUAUCACCGUAAUUGCGAUAGCGAUUAUCUUGCUGUAUACAAUGGCAACAGUACAGCUUCUAACUUGUUGGAAAAACUCUGUGGAAAGACGCUACCAGCUCCAGUCCGCUCCACCUCCAAUGCUAUGUAUGCGAAGAUGAGGACGGAUAGCUCCAUGGCAUCCAGCGGAUUCCUGGCGAAUUAUAGACAAGUAUGUGAAGGAGUCUUGAUAAGUAACCGCAGCCAAGGAUUCUUGGAAAGCCUUAACUACCCCGACCUGUACCCGAACAACAGGUACUGCAACUGGACCAUACAGACGACAGCUGGGAAUACCAUCAGCUACACCUUCAGGACCUUCCAACUGGAAAAUUUCGGCUGCUUUGAUUAUGUCAAGCUUUAUGAUGGACCCAAUGACCAAGCCGGACUUAUCAGGGAGCACUGUGGAAGACAGUUGCCUCCAGGGGGCACUACCAAUGGUUCAGCCUUGCAUGUUGUCUUCCAUACAGAUAUUAGUGGUCAAAAUCAAGGAUUUCAGCUAUCAUGGAGCAUCAAUGGAUGUGGCGGGGAUCUGUCCGGUCCCAAUGGAACCUUUACCAGUCCCGGUUAUCCUAUGAAGUAUCCUCAUAACCGUGAAUGUGUCUGGCAUAUAACCACAUCUCCUGGAAGCAGCAUCCAGAUCACUAUUCAGGAUUUAGAUAUAGAACCCCAUACGACGUGUAACUAUGAUGUGCUGGAGAUUUAUGGGGGUCCCGAAAUGUCCUCUCCGAGGCUGGCUCAGCUCUGUACAUCCAUAAAUCCGGGGAAUCCUCUGCAGUACUCCAGCACCAGUAAUGCCGUUACCGUUCGCUUCAAGACUGACUUCAGUGGGAGCGCAAAAGGUUUCAGUGCUUCAUGGAGGGAAGUGCCUGGAGGUUGUGGAGGAGUAUUUCAAGCACCUAAUGGAGAAAUCCAUUCCCCGAACUAUCCUAGUGCCUACAAUGACAACACAGAAUGCUCAUGGCAAAUCAGAGUUAACCCUGGAUACAGAGUGUUCCUCAACUUUACCGACUUUGAACUGGAGUCUUACUUCUUUUUUUCGUACUGUACCCAUGACAGUGUCACAGUCUAUGAUGGUGAAAACAGUGAUGCUGUACUACUUGCUACUCUGUGUGGAAGCCAAAUUCCCAAUGCAGUUACGUCUACGCAGAACACCAUGUUUGUUCGCAUGAGGUCUGACGGCAGUAACAGAUAUAAGGGCUUCAGUGCCCACUUCAUGGAAACAUGCGGAAGUUCUAUUGUGACUGAUGCCAUUGGCGGUGUAAUUUCCUCCCCAUUGUAUCCGGCCAAGUAUCCAAAUAAUCAGAACUGUUCAUGGAUUAUAAAGGCUCAGGAUCCAUUUAACCACAUCACUAUUUCCUUCACGGACUUUGAAACUCAGAAAAUAAGUGGGAAUUGUACUGAAGACUUUGUAGAGAUUUUAGAUGGAGAUAAUUAUGGCUCCCCUUCUAUAGGCCGUUUUUGUGGAACAGUCCUACCACAUCCUGUGACGUCUCUCAGUAAUGCCCUAGUGCUCAGAUUUGUCUCAGAUGACAACACAAAUGGGAAAGGCUUCCGUGCAUCGUACUCAGCAUCAUUGUCAGCAUGUGGAGGAACGUUAUACAUGGAGAACGGAAUAUUUAACAGUCCCAGUUAUCCGGAUAGUUAUCCAGCGAAUACGGAGUGUGUCUGGAGCAUUCUCAGCUCUCCUGGCAACCGGCUCAUGCUGUCUUUCAUGUCAUUCUCACUCCAGACUAGCGACAACUGUUUGAGCGAUUAUGUGGAAAUUAGAGAAGGAAAUGACACGGGGAACUUCUUAGGACGUUUCUGCGGAAGCGCCUUGCCGAGUAACAUCACCUCUAUCGUCGGCCAUAUUCUUUGGGUAAAGUUUGUGUCCGAUGGUUCUGGCAGCGCCACUGGGUUUCAAGCCACUUUUUCCCAUUUAUUCGGGAACAAUAUAGAGGGAACAUAUGGACAGAUUGCAUCCCCGCUGUGGCCCAGGAAGUACCCCCACCAUUCUAACUACAUCUGGAAAGUCAAUGUGGAAUCAGGACGUAUCAUUGAGAUUAGAACUUUGGACAUGGACAUUGAAGACCAUGCAAGCUGUGGCUAUGACAAACUACGAAUAUUUGAUGGACCUGACACCCACUCUCAUAUAAUCGGAACAUAUUGUGGGGUCGCUCCUCCUCCAACCCUCUUCUCCUAUGGCAGCACCGUGACUAUUCAGUUCCUAAGUGACAAUAGUGUUAGCAAAAGGGGAUUUCUGCUGGAAUGGACGGCAGUCAAUGUAUCACCUGGACCGCUACCUACCAUCGCUCCAGGUGCCUGUGGUGGAAUUUUACAGACCGGAGAAACACCAUUAUUUCUCUUCUCUCCUGGAUGGCCCAAUCCGUACCCUUCAAGGAUGGUGUGCACCUGGGUGAUCCGGUCUCCGGAGUCUACGGUGGUGCUGAAUCUCCUGUCAGUGGAUAUUGAAGCACAGAGCACAUGCAAUAAUGACAAGCUUGUUGUCAGAGAUGGAGACAACAACAUCGCUCCCAUACUUAACACCAUCUGUGGCCGGGAGGUUCCUGGACCAAUUCGAUCAUCCGGAGACGCCAUGUUCUUGUAUUUCGAGUCUGAUGCCUCUAUUUCUGGGAGAGGAUUCAAUGCGUCUUAUCAUAAAAGUUGUGGUGGAUAUUUGCAUGCAAACAGAGGACUAAUAACAUCCCAGAAUUAUCCCCAGAACUACAUCCCCAACCAGAACUGUACAUGGCACGUGAUGGUCACCGCUGGAUUCACCAUUGCUGUCCACUUUGACCAACCAUUCGAAGUCCUAAACAACGAAGCGUCCUGCGGCAGUGGAGACUACAUAGAAUUGAAAAAUGGUCCUGAUGAGUUAUCCCCUCCGCUCGGCAAUGGAAAAUUCUGUGGUGGGAACACUCCAUCCAGCGUGCACACCUCCGACAAUGAACUCUUUGUCCGAUUCAUCACAGACGGCAGCAAUGAAGGGAAAGGGUUCAAACUCAGAUACGAGGCAAAAAGUCUAGCUUGUGGAGGGACCAUGUAUGUCACAGAGUUGGAUCCUAAUGGUAUCAUGACAUCGCCAAAUUAUCCCAGCGACUAUCCUCGUAAUACAGAUUGUGUGUGGACCAUCAUAGUACCUAAUGGAGAAGCCGUGCAGAUCGACUUUCAAGAUCAAUUCUACAUUCAACCCUCUGACAACUGCAGUAACAGUUACCUGGAGUUACGAGACGGCGCAGAUUCUAAUAGUAGGCUCCUUGCAAAACUGUGUGGGAACACAUUGCCGGUCACCUAUAAAUCAUUGGGCACUGCUAUGUACGUGAGGUUCAGAACAGAUGGCAGUACACCUCGUCCGGGAUUCAAGGCCCAAUAUUCUAUUGCUGAAUGUGGAGGAACACACUACGGACAGAGCGGCAUCAUCCAGAGUCCUGGUUACCCCACACACAAUUACCCAGACCUCUCUUUGUGUGAAUGGUUCUUCAAUGGUCCUACAGGACAUUACCUCACCAUAAGAUUUGAGUCCCUGGAUCUUCAAAAUGCAUUAAAUUGCUCAAGUGACUUUGUGGAAAUCCGUGAAUAUAAUGCAUCUGGCAAUCUGUUGGGAACGUUUUGCGGUAAUACGGUGCCCGCUGAGGUGCGGACCUCCGAUAGCUUUGCCUACGUGAAAUUUGUCAGUGAUGGGUCUGUGAACACCAAGGGAUUCCGCCUCCACUAUGAAGCCAGUGAAGAAGAAUGUGGAGGAGACAUUAAUGGAAUCUCUGGAACAAUAAAUUCUCCGAAUUACCCCAACCUGUACCCUCAUAAUCGUGUCUGUGAAUGGAGGAUAACGGUCCCUGAGGGCAGACGGGUGACACUGACCUUCAAUAAUCUACAACUGCAAUAUCACCAGGACUGUAACUACGACUAUGUGGCUGUAUACAAUGGUUAUCAAAAUCGGUCGCCCCUUUUGGAAAAACUUUGCGGUAACGUAGACCCAGAUGCAACAAUCAGAUCUUCAGGCAAUACCAUGAAGAUAGUAUUUAUCACAGAUGGCUCCGUAUCCAGCGGAGGAUUCCAGGCUACUUUUACUUCCCUUGAAGAUGAAGUUUGUGGAGGGUCACUUACAGAACCUACUGGAGGUAAUUUCACCUCUCCAGAAUAUGACCAGAGCAAGAAUUACACAAAGAACCUAAACUGUGAAUGGACUAUUCUGAAUCCGAACACCGAUAACUCAACUACCUACAUCGAGUUCAAGAGUCUGCAGCUGGAACCUCAUCAGAACUGCCAGAAUGAUUUCAUUGAGAUCCGUGCAGAUAAUGCAGAAGGCGAGGUUAUCAGCAGAGUGUGUGGAAAGACAAAGCCGUCUAUCCCGCUUGUCCUUGUAGCUCCUAGAAUCUGGGUACAUUUUGUAAGCAACGCAGAAGUGGAAGAUCUGGGGUUUGUUGCUGAAUAUUCAUUUACAGGCUGCGGUGGGACACAGAGCGGGGAGUCUGGAGUUGUAGCCAGCCCCAACUUUCCUGAUUCAUAUCCAGCUCUUAGCCACUGUGCUUGGCUCCUAGUGGCCCCAGAAGGACAGAUCAUUACUCUGUCUUUUGCACAUUUCUCGCUGGAGAAUCAUGAAGUCUGCCGCUGGGAUUCAGUCACAUUGGUGAACGGAGCUUUACCCGGAUCACCCGUCAUAGGACAAUAUUGUGGCACCACAUCCCCUGGAACAGUACAGUCUGGAUCUAACAAACUAUUGGUCAUCUUCAAUACUGACAGUACAGCGAAUGAUAGAGGGUUUUACGCCAACUGGACGUCAGACUCCUUAGGGUGUGGUGGCUACAUCCAUGCAGAUAGCGGUAAUAUCAAGUCCCCAGGCUGGCCUCUAAAUUUUCCCAACAACAUCAGGUGUACGUGGACAUUCCAGACACACGAGAGCAGCCAUUUUGAACUGGCCUUCGAUGAGAACUUUGAUAUUCCAAAUAGCACCGGGCAAUGCGAAAGAAGCUUUGUGAAGAUAUGGAGCGGUACUCAAGAAACAGAUGAGACUCUGUUGUUAACAGCCUGUGGAAAUACAGCCCCUGCUCCGAUUGUCUCCCCCGGCAGUACAGUGAAAUUAACGUUCCAGUCACAAGACAAUGCAGGGAACGGUUUCAUGACCCGCUUCAUUAGCAGAUGUGGUGCUUACUACUCAAAACCGAGCGGUCGAAUUGUUUCUGUAAAUUAUCCAAAUAAAUAUGAGAACAACCUAAACUGUAAUUACACCAUACACGCCGAUGACGACAUGUUCAUAGUCCUCACCUUCCUCACCUUCGAACUUGAGUCCAAUACAUUCUGUAAUACUGACAAAGUGACAAUAUCCAGCAAAGAGUCAACUCCAGGAAGACCCUUGGCCACCCAUUGUGGUAACACCGUGCCUGCACCGAUCAGCAGUAGGGGAACAAUGUCCAUCAAUUUCUACACAAACUUUAACGUUACCAUGCAUGGAUUUAUGGCGACCUACAGAAUCUUCUCUUGCGGAGGAAUAUAUAAUAGUACCUCCGGCAUCAUAAGGAGCCCUACGUAUUCAUUCACCAAUUACCACCACAACACCAACUGCACCUAUCUGAUCACCGCCGUAGAAAACAAGAUAAUUGAACUCAAAUUCAAUGAGUUUGAUGUCGAGCUCCAAAGUUCCUGUUCAGGUGACUAUGUUUCGGUCUACGAUGGAUCAGACAUCUAUGGCAGACAUCUUGGCAAGUUCUGUGGGAAAGUUCUGCCUCCGGUUUUAAGAAGCUUAAGCAACAAGCUGUUCCUGGUGUUUGUCACUGAUAGAAGUAUCAAUGGUGGUGGAUGGAGGGCAUCCUAUAGACAGACAUUAGGACCUGAACAAGGAUGUGGAGGUUACCUGACUAAUGCCACGGGAGGAUUCAGAUCUCCAGACUCUAAUGUCGAUGGCAAAUAUGACAAAAACCUGGAUUGCGUUUGGAACAUUGUUGCGCCUAUAAACAAACAAAUAAACCUGACAUUCAGCUCAUUCUCUUUGGAGGAGCAGUAUGCUGGAUCGUGCCAAUAUGAUUUUGUCAAAAUAUUUGAUGGCAGCAGCACUAAUAGCAGUUUACAAGGAAUAUACUGUGGAUCCGACGUCCCAGCGAACUUUGUCUCUACGAGCAACACUCUUACGGUGUGGUUUUACAGUGACGUAACAGUGGAAUGGGCAGGCUUCAAUGCUACAUAUGUAACAACUGAUAUAUUAUGUGGAGGGAUCUACAACGCAACAUCAUCUAUAACAACUACAACUUCACCAAAUUACCCCAAUUCCUACCCGCCCUUUACCAGCUGCCUCUGGACCAUCGACUCUCCAGACAAGGAGAAUGUAAAAAUCAGGAUUCAGUCCUUCCACCUCCAGACUGGGCUAGACUGCUCCAAUAACUACCUGGAGGUCACGGACUCCCCUGUGGGAGACCGAGGACAGGUCCACAGAUACUGUGGCAAUGAAACCUUUCAGAUACCGGAGUUUUAUUCCUAUGGACGUACAGCUGUUGUAAUAUUUAAGUCACAGGAAUACAUCCCUGGCAACAGACUAAGCUUUACAUAUGAAAUCUCAAACUGUAGCCGGGAAUACAACCAGUCAUUCGGUUACCUAAAAAGUCCAGGCUGGCCGGGGACUUAUCCACACAAAGUGGAAUGUGAAAUAAUUCUCAGAGCUCCGGAGAACCACCCAAUAUCCCUCUUCUUCAAUUCAUUCCGCCUAGAAAAUUUUGGAUGUUUUGACUCCUUAGAAGUGAGAAAUGGCAGCACUCGUGAUUCCCCGCUUCUUGAUACAUAUUGUAAUACCGCUUUCCCGAACCCAAUAUUUCCUAAAAAUAAUGUUCUUCAUCUGUUUUUCAAAUCUGAUACUGUCAUUUCUGGAAAUGGAUAUGAAAUAACUUGGACAUCAUCUCCAAAAGGGGCCGGAGGGACUUUGUUUGGGGAUCAUGGCUCCUUUACUACUGAAUACCCUUCAAGUUACGCCAACAACACGGACUGUGAAUGGACAAUAACGGCUCCUCGGAGGACGGUCACCAUAAGCUUUGCCGCAUUUACCAUUGAUGAUCCAGGAGACUGUGAGACAAAUUAUCUUAGGAUUUAUGAUGGACCGCCGCCCUCCACGAUGCUCACAAACCUCUGUGGAUUGGAUGAAAACAUUGCUUCAUUUAGCACCACGUCACAUCUGGUGUUUAUCAAGCUUCAUGCGGACUAUGCUGUAAUCCCGUCAUAUUUCAGAAUAACCUGGAGCUCAUAGAUUAUCCGGGAAACCAUAGAAAUUAUCCAGGAAGAUACAAAAUU